AUGCUUGUUGGUAAACCAGCUCCAGCUUUCCAGACAGAGGCAGUCUUCCCAGAUACAGACUUCAAGCAAGUUUCUCUUGAGCAGUACAAGGGCAAAUGGCUUGUCCUCUUCUCAUAUCCACUCGAUUUCACAUUUGUCUGCCCAACAGAAAUCAUCGAAUUCUCUAACAAGAUUGAGGAAUUCAAGAAGCUCGGCUGCGAAGUCCUUGGACUCUCCGUUGACUCAUGCUUCACACAUCUCGCUUGGAUCAACACACCACGUAAGGAUGGUGGCCUUGGCGAAAUCAAGUAUCCACUUCUUGCAGAUCUUGGUGCUAAGAUCUCCAAGCAAUACGGCUGGUACAUGGAAGAAGAUGGACACACACUCCGUGGAACAGCCAUCAUUGACCCACAGGGCAUCAUCCGCCACAUCCAGAUGAACCACCCAGAUGUUGGCCGCAAUGUUGAUGAAAUCAUCCGCCUCGUCAAGGCUUACCAGUUCGCUGCCAAGCACGGCGAAGUUUGCCCAGCCCAAUGGCAUGGUGAAGGCGAUCUUACAAUCAAGCCAAAUCCAAAGGCUUCCAAGGAAUACUUCGGAAAGGCUAACUAA